AUGCCAUUCUACACGGACGGCUCCAAACUAGAAAAUAGGGUAGGAGGAGGCGUCUACUCGGAGAAAUUGGGAAUAAAAAGGUCAUUCCGACUACCUGACCAUUGUAGUGUCUUUCAAGCCGAAUUGGCAGCCAUGCAAGAAGCCGUUGACAGCCUAAAACUAGCUGUUAUCGCCACUACGGAAAUAUAUAUAUACUCAGACGGUCAGACGGCCCUUAUGGCGCUUGACUCUGUCACUAUAAAUUCGGAAACAGUUGCCAACUGCCGCAAAUCACUCAAUGUGAUGGCAGAGCAGUUCGCUUUGCACCUGGUAUGGGUACCGGGGCACAGUGACAUACCAGGAAAUGAGAAGGCAGACGAGCUUGCAAGGGCGGGUACCUCCUCUCCACUUUCACCAGCCUGGAAGAGGAUGCGUAUGCCACUCGCUUCCUGCAAGCUCUUACUAAGGGAGAACUUCCUUGAAGAAGCGGCCUCCAGAUGGGAUCGCACUGAAAACUGUAAUACAACGAAGCUUACAUGGCCAAAAUGGGAUGCACGGAGAUCGAGAGAAAUUCUUACUCUCAAUAAAGGCGAUAUGUCACUGGCCAUUGGUCUGCUCACAGGACAUAUCCUGAUAGGAAGGCACGCAGAACGCCUCGGGGCUAGUCACAACGACUACUGCAGGAGCUGCCACGACGAAGAAGAGCCUGAAUCAAUAAGGCACUUACUCUGCGAGUGCCCAGCACUAGGCAGGAAAAGACAGAAAUUCCUAGGUAUAGGUCUUCUAGACGAUCUAAGCGCAACUGCUAAGUUGGGAAUACGGCAGCUGCUAAGGUUCGCAGACUCCACGAACUGGUUUAAGGAGUAG